AUGUUCUGGAAACCCCUCAUCAUCUUCACUGCCCUCCUGGGCACCAUCACAGGCAUCCCAACCUCCAACAUCACCAACGACGACAUCAACCCGACCCCCUCAUCCGGGGACCGCUACGUCUUUGCUCAUUUCAUGGUCGGCAUCGUCGAAAACUACCGCCUAUCCGACUGGAUCCUCGACAUGACAACCGCCCAAUCCAUCGGCAUCGACGCCUUCGCACUCAACUGCGCCAGCAUCGACAAAUACACACCCACGCAACUAGCCCUCGCCUACGAAGCCGCCCAAGCCACCAACUUCAAAGUCUUCAUUUCCUUCGACUUCGCCUACUGGAGUAACGGCGACACGGCCAAAAUUACCGCCUACAUGCAACAGUACGCGAACCAUCCGGCCCAGAUGCAAUACAAGGGUGGCGCGUUGGUGAGUACCUUUGUGGGGGAUAGUUUUGACUGGAGGCCCGUGAAGCAGGGCACGGCGCAUGCUAUUCACGCGGUCCCGAAUUUGCAGGAUCCGGCGGCUGCGGGGAGUAAUGCGCAACGGGGUGCCGAUGGGGCGUUUUCUUGGUAUGCGUGGCCGACGGAUGGGGGGAAUAGUAUUGUGAAUCGGCCGAUGGAUACGGUUUGGGAUGAGAGGUAUGUUAGGGGGGUGGGGAGUGGGACUUAUAUGGCUCCUGUUUCUCCAUGGUUCGCUACGCACUUCAACAGUAAGAAUUGGGUGUUUAUUUGUGAGAAUCUGCCCACUCUGCGAUGGGAGCAGAUGCUUUCUAUGAAGCCUAACUUGAUUGAGAUUAUCUCCUGGAAUGACUACGGCGAAUCGCACUACAUCGGCCCCUACUCAGCCAACCACAGCGACGACGGAUCCUCCCAAUGGGCCAAGGGCAUGCCGCACGAUGCCUGGCGCGAUCUCUACAAGCCCUACAUCGCCGCGUACAAAGCCGGAGCUAGUAAGCCCACUAUUGAAAAAGACGGUCUCGUGUACUGGUACCGUCCCACGCCCAAGGGCGUCACCUGCCCGGAGGAUCCCAUGCCAGCACCAAACGGUUUCAACAUGCUCGGGGAUAGUAUUUUUGUUGCAACCAUGUUGACUAGUCCUGCUACGUUGGUUGUGAAAAGUGGUUCGAAUGCACCGGUGCGGAUUGAUGUGCAGGCUGGGAUUGUGACGUCCACUGCGCCGAUGGGCCUAGGCGCGCAGGUCUUUGAGGUGGUGAGGGAUGGGAAGACGAUUUUGAGUGGGCGCGGUGCGUUGGACGUUAAGGAAAGGACCAAGUAUUAUAACUUUAAUGUGUUUGUUGGGGGUGUGUAG